AUGGCCAGUAUUAUUUGCAAGCGGAUCUGGAUCCCACGCCGAUCCUGGGGUCGGGCCCUGACUACACCUGCGUCGACUCGACUGCAGAGCAACCAAGCCACCAGCUCGUCCAUUGACCUCUCUCCUCCAGUCCAGGAGCCAACAACACCUAGACGCGCCAAAAUCCAGUCCGCAAAGCCCUUCUCGGCUUUCCUUACCGACACCUUCAACCGCCAACAUGAUUACCUCCGGAUCAGCGUGACAGAGCGGUGCAACCUCCGGUGUCUCUAUUGCAUGCCAGAGGAAGGUGUGGAGCUGUCGCCGCCCGCACGCCUACUCACCUCCCCAGAAAUUGUGUAUCUUUCAUCUCUAUUCGUAUCCCAGGGUGUGACGAAGAUCCGCUUGACGGGCGGCGAACCUACAGUUCGCAAGGACAUUGUAUCGUUGAUGCGGGAUAUUGGCAAACUACAACGGCACGGACUACGGGAGCUGUGUCUGACCACUAAUGGCAUCUCGUUACAUCGAAAACUCGACCCUAUGGUUGAGGCUGGGCUAACAGGGGUCAACCUUAGCCUCGACACGCUAGAUCCGUUCCAGUUCCAGAUUAUGACGCGGCGUAAAGGUUUUGAGGCUGUUAUGAAGAGCAUUGAUCGGAUUUUGGAACUGAACGAAGCCGGUGCAGGGAUUAAGCUGAAGAUCAACUGUGUUGUGAUGCGCGGGAUGAAUGAUCAUGAGAUCCUCCCGUUUGUGGAAUUGGGUCGUGAUAAACCAAUUGAAGUGCGGUUUAUUGAGUAUAUGCCUUUUGGCGGGAACAAGUGGAAUCAGAAGAAGAUGUUUUCAUAUCAAGAGAUGCUAGCCAUGAUCCAGGAGAAGUAUCCCACACUCGAGAAAGUCACUGGUCACAAGAACGAUACUAGCAAGACAUACCAGAUCCCGGGAUUCAAAGGUCGUGUGGGGUUUAUUACUAGUAUGACGCACAACUUCUGUGGUUCCUGUAACCGGCUGCGUAUCACUGGUGAUGGCAAUCUAAAAGUGUGUCUCUUUGGGAACGCCGAAGUGUCGUUGCGGGAUAUCAUCCGCAAGGAGAACGACGGGCAGCCUAUCGAUGAGGACGCAAUGAACAGCCUGCGGCUGAUGGAGACGGUGCACGAUGCAGCUAGUAUCCAGAAUGACCGGGAACGGGAACUCCUCGAUCUUAUCGGUAUGGCCGUGAAGCACAAGAAGGCCAAACAUGCCGGCAUGGGCCAGUUGGAGAACAUGAAGAACCGGCCUAUGAUCCUGAUCGGUGGGUAA